GCGCGCGCGUCACCCCCUCCCUCCUCCCCCGAGCGAUGCCCCCCGGCGCCGAUCCGGGGGCGCCCCCGGCCCCCGACCCGCUGGCCCAGGACGAGAACCUCAUCGGCAAGUACCACCUCCUGAGCCGGCGCCAUGAUGAUGUUACCCAACAGCUGUCCAAGGCACAGAGCCGCAUCGCCGAGCUGAACCAGCAGCUGAAGGCCGCCCGCGAUCAGGCCGCCCUUCAGGCCUCGGCCGAGGCCGAUCGCAUCCGCCGCGGCGAGAAGGCCCUCCGCUUGGAGCAGGAAACCAGCAGCCUCCGAUCGCGCAUGGAGCUCCCUCCGGCCGCCGCCGCCGCCGCCGCCGCCGCCGCCGCCGAUGCCACCGCCGACCCCGCCGGACCCGGCACCCUGGUCACCCUGCCGUCUCUUCGGCCAGGGCGCCCGUCUUCCGGGCACUGGCCAGGCUCCGGCUCCACCCAAGCCGGCCCCGGGCCCGGACCCGCUGCCGCCUCCACCCCCUACGACUAUGACCCGCUCGGGGCGGCCACCGCCCGCGCCGGGUCCCAGUGGCUGGCCACACAGCGCUCGCCCGUGGCCGGUCCCCGGUCCGCCGCCUGGACCCAGCCCCCAUCACAACAGCCCCACCAGCAGCAGCAGCAGCAGCAGCAGCAGCAGCAACACCCAUACACAUUCUCGCCCUUGGCCUCCCCAUCGGCCCUCUUCUCGCCGUCGCCCCUCCUCGGGCCGGACCCCUUCCUCGGGGAGGACCCGCCGCCGGGCCCGGCCGAGCCGCCGGCCCCACCCUCCCCCUGGGACCCGGCUGCCGCCCCGACCGGGCUCCUGUGGCCGUCGCUCAGCGAAACGCUCGGCCUUUGGCACCAGGCCGGCCGCGAGGCCGCCCACCAAUCCCUCGGCAUGCUGGCCCUCGAGGCCGGCAUCGAUCCGGCCUCCGCGCUGGCUGUCCUGCACGAUGCCCCGGCCCGGGGCUACACACGCCCCGGCCCGGACCAGCCGGCCCAGCGCCUGGACGACUCGACGGCCCUGCUGCUGGAGCUCCUCCUGGGCCAGGUGCAGGGCCUGACCCGGGCCUGCCUGCGGCGCCCGGCCUCCGAGGUGGCCCAGCAACUUGACCACGCCCUGGCCCUGGUGGCCGGGCUCACCGGCACCCACACCGGCCACGCGUACCUGUCCGAGCGCCUCCUCUGCGGCAAGGCCCCGCCCCACCGCUGGGGCGUCGAGCCCGGGCUCCAGACCGGCCCCUCCCCCGCCGAGGGCCCGAUCAACCUCUACUCGACGCUGGACCUGGUGUCGCGCAUGCUGGCCACGGCCGUCGCCACCGCCGCCACCGCCGACACCGCCGACACCGCCGACACCGCCGACACCCCUGACCCGGACCACCCUGCUGCCCCCGGGCCUGCCGGCACGCACCCCCGCUCGCCGGCCGCCCCAUCGGCCACCAGCGACUGGCCCGCAUGGUGGAUCCUGGCCGGGCGCAUCCUGGCCCGGCUGACCGCCCUCCUGUGGCAGCUCCUCCGGGGGAAUGUCUCCGGCUCGGUGCCACUCCUGGCCGCGGUCUUCGGGCCCCUGGACCAGGGCCACUACGCCGAGCCGGCCCCGGCCAGCCCACACACCCCGGCCGACGACCCGCCGCCCGGCCCGGCCGACCGCCUGGCCGACCGCAUGCGCCGGGUCCUGGACCGGCUGCUGUGCGCCGCCGUGGCCGGGAGCGUGGUCCUGGCCGAGGCCGGGCCGCGUGCGCGUUUGGACGCCGCCGCGCGCCGCCUCGCCCCCCCGGCCCCGGCCAGCCCCAUCACCACCGAAGAUGUGGCCCGGCUGGCACUCCAGCUCUGGGCCUUUGUCUUUAUGACCGACCGCGCGGCCCUGCCCCCGUCGUCCGUCCCGCUGGCCGGGCUGGACGCCCUCGCGGCCCGGGUGGCCAACCUCGGCCCCCGGCACUUCCUCGACACCCGGUGCUCGGACGGCGGCCCGGCCACCGCGGCCAGCCUCCCCGGCGACCCGACCGCCUUCGACCAUGAUGACCACCACGAUGACCGCCAUGUGCCAAGCCCCCGGCGCUGCCACUGGGGCUGCCGCCCCGCCGGCCACGCUGGACCCGCCCCCGGUGACCUGGGCUUCCACAGCCACACCCUCGAGCUCCCUCUCCGGCGACUGUAUGUUGUCGGGGUGGGCGACGACGCGCGAGACCGGUGGUAUGGCUGGCGCGCGCCCCUAUCCUCCGAGCGCCGGCGCACGGCCCUCGCCGCCGCCGCCGCCGCCGCCGCCGAGCAAGCUGCCGGGCCCGAGGGCCCCCCGGCCUCGCCGGACCCGUCGGGCUCCUGCUCCCCCGCCCCGGAGGACCCGCUUCUCUUGAGCCCCCUCCUGGCCCCGGCCCAGCCGGUGGUCCUGUAUGCGGACCACUUCCAGGAGGCCGCCCUGGCCGGCUGCCAGGAGCGCCUCCCCCCGGGCAGGUCGGCCUGCUGCACGGUGCAGCCCUGGUCCGAGACCCUGGAGCUGGGGCUGGCCCUGCUCCGGCUCCAUGCCCUGGUGGACACCAGCUUCGUGGCGCGCCUGCUCCUGGCGCCGCGCGGGGCUCCCGCCCACCGGGCCAAUGACCGCGCCACCCCGGACCGCGUGACCCUGUCCCUCUUCGCCUCCAGCCGGCCGGACAAUGCCCUAUCGCGGGUGUGCGCGCGCCUCGGCCUGGCCCUCGACACGGUGGUCGGCUGGCAGGCCAGCCACCUGGCAUGCCGGCGCCCUGGCACCAGCCCCUGCCCCGGGGCCGGCAGCCUGGCCGAGGACGCCUCGCAGCAGCUCGCCCACCGGUGCCCGAGCGCCGACUUUGCCCGCUCCGUCGCGGCCCUGGUUCGUGCCCUCCACUCGCUGGUGCUUACCCCGCUGCGGUACUGGCUCCGUCUGUCGAACCAGCUGUCCUCCGAGGCCGCCGCCGCUGCCGCCGCCGCCGCUGCUGCUGCUGCUGCCACCCAGGCCCGCGGCUCCUCCACUCAGUCUCCCCCGCCGCCGACCGGCAGCCAGGCCGAUGACCAGCCGGCCCGGCCGGCCGACCCGGGCGCCGAGGACUGGAUGAUCCUCUUCCAGUCGCUCUUUUUCGGCGGCAUCACCCGGCAGACGGCCCAGUUUGUCGGCCUGCCGGCGCUCCAGGCGGCCGGCUGCACGCGCUCCGCCUCAGCCCAGAGCCGCUUCCGCGUGGUCCUCCAGGCAGUCGCCAAUUGCCGACUUCUGGCCGAGGUCCUUCGCGGCCUCCCUUGUCCUUGUAUGCCCCCGGGCGCGACGGCCCACACCGCGUGCGCUCCUGCCCCGACCGGCGGCGCCGGCACUGGCCGUGCCGAUGUCCUCGCCCGCCUGUCAGCCUACUCCUCAGCCCUCCUGUCUCAGACCCCGGCCAUGUGCCACCUGGAGGUGUUCGCAUGUUGCGUUGAAAUCCAAAACCACCUCAGCAUCUAGCACCAAAUACACCAUAGAUUCCAGUCAUGUGUCGGCACGUGAUGACGUGGAC